AUGGUGGGAAAAUUGUCCCACGAACUCGAGGAUGGCUCACAGCCUAUCCUACCCCGACAGACAGAAUCUAAUGCGGACUCCCAUACGGAGUCCGACACAAAUCCCCAUCGUUGGCGCAACUUGGGAAUUCUUCUUGUUAUGAACAUGGUUUCUUUUGUCCAAGCCUUCGAUGCAACUUGCAUCUCUGUUGUCCUUCCUGCACUCGCUAGAGAACUCGAUGCCUCGUUUUCCGAGUCCUUAACCAUGGGAUCCGUCUUCUUGCUGGCGACAGCUAUCUCCCAACCCAUCUUCGCCGAGCUGUCCCAGGUCGUGGGCCGAAGACCAGCCUACAUCGCCUGCUUGGUCAUCUUCAUCACUGGUACGGCACUUUGCGGUGCUGCCAAAUCCAGCAUGAUGCUUCUUGCUGGAAGAGCUGUGCAGGGAGUUGGAUCUGGUGGUCCACAGGCGCUGUCAGGUCUUAUACUUACGGAUAUGUUUCAUGCCCGCAAGCGCUCUCAGACUAUGGCGAUCCAGAAUAUUUCGUGGGCUCUUGGAACGAUUGCCGGGCCCCUUGUUGGUGGUGCUAUCGUCCUCAACAAAGAUUCCUUAUGGAGAUGGAUCUUUUGGUGCACUAUCCCGUUCCUCGGAGUCAGCCUCAUUGGUGCCAUGUUUCUUCUGGGAUACGACCAAGACCAGCGCAACUGCAGUCUCAUCAAGAACCUUGACUGGAUCGGUCUUCUGUUGUACAUCAUUUCCUCUAUCUCCCUUGUGCUUCCCUUGACUUGGGGCGGUUCCCGCUUCCCAUGGGAAUCAACGCAGAUCAUCAUUCUCUUGGGCAUCUCAGUACUAGGCUUCAUGGCUCUUGGAGUAUACGAGAGAAGCGCAAAGAGACCUAUGUUCCCCCGAAGCAUGUUCAAGGAGAAAUCGACGAUACUGCAGUUUGUCAAUGCGGCGAUUCACGGUGUAGUCAUGUGGAUGGUGCUGUACUACCUGGCUGUUUACUUCCUCGGCGUCAAAGGCCAGUCUCCUCUCAUGACAGGAGUAUGGGCACUCCCGGCGACCAUCACGGUUGCUCCCAUGGCGGCCGUGGUAGGGCUGGUAGCAUCCAGAACAGGCAAAUAUCAAGGCUUCUUGAUUGGUGGUUGGGCUCUCUUGGUUGCCAUCUUUGGCGUAAUGACGAUCCUGGACAAAGACACUCCGACCGCGCCGAUCUUGGUGAUUACCAUGUUCGUGGGCAUAGCAAUGGGUCUGCUCUUCCCUGUCAUGUCGAUUGGUGUGCAAGCCACUGUCGAGAAGGAAGACGUCGGGCACGCUGUUAGCAUGAUCUACGUCUUGCGGACUAUGGGGCAAUGCUUGGGGAUCGCUCUUGGUAUUGUGGUCUUUUCAGUUGAGUUACGCAUGCAGCUGAAGAGCAUGGGCCUCGACACGGCUCAGGUCAAGAACGCCAUGAAGAUGAUCAAAGCCACUGUCGAGCAAGGAGAUAUCGAACAGGGGGGCAUUGGACAAGAGCUUCUGAUGGAGGCAGUGUCAAAGGCGUUGCAACGGCUCUGGAUGACAGGCAGCAUCUUGGCCGGCCUCGCCUUGAUUCUAUCUCUGUUUACGAGGUGUCCUAGACUCCCCAAGGAUAAUGAGUCUGCAUGGGCAAGUGGUUAUGAUCACGGAGAUCAGACAGUCGUGACCCGAGUCUGGAAUUAUAUCGCCUACCUACGGAAUCCUUCCAUACCUUUGAUUGUGAUCUCAAAGCCGCGAUAG